AUGAUGAGGAAGCAGAGUAAGAAAAAGGAGUUUGUUCUGAAGUGGUACAGAUGGUAUUUCACUCCAGAAAACGAGGGAUACUUGGAUGGAUAUUCUAACUGGCGAAUCUAUAAGGACAGCUUUUACGCAGCCUGUCGCCUUAUCGGACUCGACAUUUCGACUUGGCUAACAUACUCAGGAAAAGAAAUAACGGAAGUCGAUGAACGCCUUCUCGCACUAAAAUUGAAAAACACGACUAAGGCCUCAUUUUUGGACAAACUAGUCAGCUUACAUUUCGGGACGCAACUAUGUCAAUACCUCGAGGCACUAUUCGAGUCUCGGAACAUAGCUCGAGAAGUGGCAACGCUCCACGUUACACACUUGGAGUACCGCGGAGGAGAUCCGACCAAAUUUGUUACCCAGUGGAACAACAAAGUGAGGCAACAGAGACUUUUAGCGGCGGAACCCCUCAGUAUCAACAUGGAAAGAAUCCUGUUUCUGUCCGCCAUCAAGAAAAAAGCGCACAGAGCUUACAAUGUUGUGCGAUUGAUGGAACGCGAAAUUAGCACUAAGCCAGUUUCCCUCGGUAAGAUCAAGGCCGACUUUACGGACGAAAUACGUGGAUAUUGGCGUGGUAGAUUUGUGGCUUGA